CCGGCCACUAGUAAAAAUAAAAAAAUAAGCAUUUUGCAGCCGUAUAACAAGGUCAACAACUUUAAUUUUCGAAAAAGGCGAAAAUUUCGGUGUAAUUUUCCCGAAAACAGUGCGUAUGUGAUGUGAUUGUGUCGCUGCGAGGCCGUGAAACGUGAAAAACCACCUGGUGAAUCACUUAACACCCUUAAUCAACCCUCAAGACACAAUGUAAAACGAUCCAAAUCCAACCCAAACUAAACUAAUAUCAUGUCAGAAACCAUUGAGGAGUGCUUCAACCUCCCUGACACGGGUGGAACCUCAAACAACAUAGUCAAAACGGAUUUGCAAUCCCAAGAACUGGAUCUCAGAGACCAUUUAUUAAAUGGUGAACUAAACAGACUCCAAGAGGACUACUUACCCAAUAAUAACCUUUGUGAUAACCAAACUGAGGCAUCAUUCGGUAGUGAGGAGGAAAAAGGAGAUAACAGUGUUGACGAGAGACUAACCGAGGGUGACACAAACAGUUUAAAUGAACACAGCACCACAACAGAGUCAAGCCAAGAUCCACCCGAGGGAGAGGAGGACAGAGGCGAGGAGGAUCAUUUGUAUGAGCCAGAGGAGCAGCAUAGUAAUGGGGCAUUUAAGAAAGGGAGAAAGAAGAGGAUUUCCAGUGGACCUGGACGGGGAAGGCCCAAGGCUUUGGUUACCAUGUACCACAGUCAGAUAAGCGGGGAUAAGAAUGCUAUUAAGAUCCGGAUUAAGAAAGGGAAUCCCAGUGCGCUUCCUCCGAGCAAGAGAAAAUCGGGCAGACGGAAAAAACACAAAAACUACACGGAGGACACGGACAAUUCGGAUUACGAGAAAAAACCGAAAAGGAGCCGAUCGAAUACCGCGAUGGAAAACGACGUGUCCAGUACGCAAAGUGAGGAGCCAGUUGAGCAAAGCGCGUGGGGCGAUCCCACCAAACUGCCCACAGAGGUUCUCGAGAAGAUUUUCGAGGAGACGUGCGCCCAGGAGGGCGCCCUACCCACCCUGGUGAGGUUAUGUAAGGUGUGCAGACUGUGGCGGGACGUCUCUUUAAAACCUUCACUGUGGAAGAAGGCGGACUUGAAUUAUGUGAAAGAGAAGAACAGGACGGAUUUGAGGUUGCACUGGCUGAUCUUGAACAGGCUUACUGAGUGUGAGGAUCUCAGUAUGGGUGAAUGGAAAGUACGCGACAUCCAGAACGUCCUGGAAGCCCUAUGCGAACACUGUCCCAAACUAAAAGGGCUAAAUUUAAGCGGCUGGAAGGGCCUUAACCAGGACAACAUUAAAUAUUUAAGUACCGAGUGUAAAACCCUCGAGAGGCUCGACUUGUCUUCGAUCAAUGCAACUUCUGCUAUAAAUGCACAACCGCUCAUGUCCCUCUGUCAAGCAAUGAACGUUCGAUUAACGCAUUUGGUGUUGGCUCACAAUAAAAUCGCCGGGUUUACCCAAAUCGUUUCCGCCCUUUCGAGUCAUUGUCCCAACUUGCAACUGUUGGACAUUUCGAAUAUCAAAACGUUCGCGCACAAUACGGCCUUAUUGCACGUGGAAAAACUGCAAAGCGGUUGUCCGAAAAUGAGGGUUUUGAGGAUAACGAACAGUCAGAUUUGGUUGGCGCCAGCUACUUUAACAGAACAAGUUCAAUCGCCAGGUUUUCCCAACUUAGAGGAACUGUCCUUGGCCGGCCUGGAAGAAGACCAAACUACAACUUCAAGGUCCAUGGACGAUGAAGGGAUCGAACGCCUCUUAAAAACCAGUACAAAAUUACGCCUGUUGGACGUACGAGGGUGCAGCAAGUUGACCGAUUCCGGAUUGGUUCGGGUGCCCGCUUGGGAUUUGGAACAUUUGUUUUUAAGUGCCUGUUACAUUACGAGACUCCAAAAUUCCGGCCUGGAACUAAUCGUGCAAAAAUGGAGCCACAGUCUACUGGAGGUGGAUCUGGCCUGGUCGACGGCCACCGCUUCCCUGGACGCGGCCGUCUUCGCUUUGGCCGAAAAGGGACCCGAAUCGAAAUUACGAGUUUUAAACUUAUGCGGCUCCUCAGUAUCCCUCGACCCGAUCAAAGCCGUUUUAGCCAAAUGCCCUUUUCUCUAUUCGAUCAAUUUGCAAUCGUGUAGGGCGCUCCCGAGGGGCAUCAAGAGACUUUAUACGGGGGCGGCCGUCGACGAACUGCGAAAGAGUUUGAGCGAGAAAAAGACUGAAGGCAGCGACUCCGAGGAGACUAAAUCGAACACUUUAUCGCCCAAGGAUUAAUAAUAGUGCGGGCGGGUAUGUAAAGUGGAAAUUUUGUUGUUUGGUUAGGAGACGAGAAUAAGUUAUCGAGAGACGCGGACGGUGUAAAUAGACUUUCUAGGACGCAAGGGAGAUUUAAUUUUGUUUUUUUUUUAUUAGUGGGUUUGUUGUGUGAUACGUGGAGGUGCCAUAUGUUAAAAAUUCAAAAGUGUUUUAGUGGUAGUACAGGGUGAACAAGAAAAGAUUAUUAAUUAACCGCGUUUAAGGAAGUUUUUCAGUGUCCUAGGCAGGUAGAUUUUAUUACAAAGGAAAUUGCAUUAUUGCCACGUUGCCUGUGAUGUAAUGCGUUGCCAAUCCUAUACACUUUCGGCACCGCUAACUGGUCCUAUAAAUUUAAAUUUUCCGCACUCGAUUCUAUUGGUAAUAAAUGGGAAAUUGCUCAGGGUUUGCCAAGUUUGAUUGGCAUUUAAACUCUCCACUUGCAAUCGAAUAAUUGCCUUUUUCCAAACAUCUUUAACGCAGAUAUGUGUUUAAAUAGGGUAACUGUUGACGUUAUGGCAAUUUUCACUUACAGAAGGUGUGGUUUAAGGAAAAUCUGAUGAUCUGAGUCAAGGUUCAAAAACCGUCAAAUCGUUUAUCUGCACAUGGAAGAUUAGUAGGCACACUCCCUUCUUUCUUCAUUUCCUUGAUUAAUGUUUGCAUCCUCUUAAUUUUCCUCUAAAAUACGAUUUUCCAAUUUCAUUACUGCAAAUAAUUUGAUAUAAUAAGAAGUAAAUUUAAAAUGGCUCUGACAUGUUCUAGAAAAAGAACGAUAGUACUCCAUCAUUUGGUCACACAUAUCUACACCAAUCAUGUUUUCUUAGCAUCAACUGCCUGGAAGAAACAUGAAAUUACUUACAGGCAGUUGAAAAUUAAGUUUAAAUUAACCCUGGAAGAAACAAGAAAUUACAUUAAUUUGAUAAAGAAUUACUGGAAGAUCUCAACUGACUGGUAAUAUUAUCAUCAGAAAAAACACACCGGAAUACAUACAAGCUUUUGGAACAUGCGAAAAUUCGUUAUGCAAGGAUCCUAUACUAUAGUGCCACAAAUAUAAAAGUAGGAGCAAUAUAUAGCAAGUCAAGGAAAAAUAGGAUAAGAUCAAAUUGCAUAUGCAUCAAGAAGCUUAAACCAAGCUGAAUGUAGCUAAGAAAUAAAGAAAGAAAGAAAGAAAAUGUUCUAUAUUACACAAGACAAAAUCUUGGGUGCAAUUCAUAGAAGAACUAAUACUUAUUUUUAAACAAACUAAAAUAAAAAGAAACUAUAUAUUAUCAAAAAAUAAACAAAAGAGGAUUAAUAAGAAUUACAACUGCUAACAAAAACAGAUGUUGGAGAAAUUAAGUUAAACAAUAAUAGAUACAAAACAAAAGGUAUUACAAAAUAUGAAAAUGAUGUUAGAGCACAGGUCAAAAGAUAUCGUUAAAAAAUUCAUCAAGGCUAUAAUAUGCCUUAGUUGAUAAAAGUGAUUUUAACUUGCCUUUGAACUUUUUAAUAUCUAAUGUUUGUCUAAUGUAACGUAGAGGAAUACGAUUGUAAAUUUUAAAGGCAUAUGAGCGAGUUUCUGGUAAGGAAGGAUGGUAGAGGGAAAUCAUCUGCUUGAUGAGUCAUAUGACCAGUGUUAGAGGAAGGUUAAGGACAUUUAUGAAUAAGAGUAGCUGUUUCCAAGGAUAUUUCCUUUAUAGGAUAACUUUCAUACAAGAUUUAGGAUAUGAUCUUCGAAUCGAAGGUAACUAUCAAUGGUAAUGCUAAGGAACUUACAGUUUUCUUUGUUUUGCAAGAUAGACUCAAAAACCUAAGCUCUAAUGUGAUCAGAAUCUUUAUGAUUUCACAAUGUGGUAGUAUCCUUAGCAAACUGAACCACAUUGUCCUGCAUUCUCAAUGAGCCCAAAUCAUUUAUAUACGGCAAAAAUAAUAGUGGUCCUAAUACUGAACCUUGAGAUACUGUAAUUCAAUUAUGGAAAGUCCAGCAAAAAAAGGAACCUAGAAUACAAAGUAACAUGACAAAAAAUGAUAGAAAUGAUGUUUGCUUUUUUGUCAGUUCCAGAAUUACUUUUUAACUGCCUGAAAAAAAGAAGUUUUUUUAGGUGAUUUGAACAGUUUUGUUUAAUUGCCUAGAAAUGCCUUAAAGAAAUGAGAAAUUCCAGGAUUACCAGCAUGGAAGUUUAUAGACCUAGAAGUUAAAGGAAUUGACUUUAACCGGAAUAAUUAUAAGCUGUCUAAAUAAAUAAAGCCUGGAAUAAAUGUAAUAGUACUUUCAGGCGGUUCAAAGAUAAAUUUCCUGGAAAAAGCCAGAAAUUAUUUGAACUUCCUGGAAAAAAUAAGGAAACAACUUCAGCUUUGUAGAAGAUCUCAGUUGCCUAAAAAUUCAAAGAAAUAUCUUUAACUAUCUGAAAGAAAUUAAAAAUUCCAGGCAAUUGAACAGGAAAUCGACCUGAAAUCCCUUAAACAGGGGAGAAGUGCCAAUCCAACCAACACUGGCUUUUUUACCUUCCUGAAAGUUUGAAAAAAUGAGUUCAAAUGCCUGGAAGAUAUGAGAAAUCCCAGUCAACUUAGGAAUUACUUUUUUUGACUGUUUAUAAGUUAAGGGAUUUGGCUUCAACUGCCUGGAAUAAAUGUAAAAUUACUUCCAGGCCGUUCAAAAGACAGUUAAAGUCACAGUUUUCUCACUGUUUCAAAUCAUCAACUGCCUGGACGUUAUUAUCUGUUAAAUCCAGGCAGUUAAAGUUAUUCUUCUCAUUCCUAGAAGCCUUAAACUAUUUGGAAGUAACAGAAAACCUUGACAAUUGCUUAAAGAAUCACAUUUUCUAUGACAUGUUCACUGCAACGGUUGUCAUAUGCUUUUAAAGUUCUUCCAGAUGUAUCAACUUAUGAAAUAUAUCAUGAAAUAUAUAUCAAUUUGAAAUAUCUUUUAUCAAAAGCAUAUUCAUAUAAUUUUUUUAGAAUGUAGUUAUGUCAGUAACCCUUUGAGGUUCUGUGAUUUUUUUUCUUUUUAGAAGUUUUUUAACACAUUGGAUAAAAGAUCAAAUAUCGAUUCUUAUGCUGCUAGGGAUUUGGAUAUGAGUGUCAAACAUGGUUUAAGAUGGAAUCCGUGGAAAAAGCUUUAAAUGACUUCAACUUGCUGGAAAAAAAUAGGACUUAUAUAAUAUAACUUAAUAAUUAUCUGGGCUGUGAUCUAAACGAAUUAUGAAAUGAAGGAAACACGUCAAAUGUUUUUACUAAAUAGAGAAUUCGAUGUUUAGAAUUCUCUACCCGAAGAUGUUAUAACUGCUCCUUCUGUAAGCAGUUUUAAAAAUCGUCUGGCCGAAUUAGACAUGUUUAGUGCUUAAAUUUGCAAAUUGACAUUUCAAAAUUAAUAAAAUUAUUGUGAUGCCUAUUUUAGUUUAUAGAGCUAUACAGAAUGUAAAUUCUUGGCUUUUAUCGAAUAAAAUAAUAAUAAUAAUAUAACUUCAGUUGCCUGGAAGUUAGGGAAAUGCCUGAAAUACUUUGAUGAAAUGAGAAAUUCCAGGCAAGUAAAAAAUGAUGUUUUUACCAGCAUAGUUAGUUAAAGGAAAUGAGCUGAAAUUCCUGGAAGAAAUGGGAAUGUCCAAGCAAUUUAGGAAAUAUUUAUUUUUGACUAGAAGUUGAAAAAAAUUGCCUUCGACUGCCUGGAAUAAAUAUAAAAUGACUUCCAGACAGUUCCAAAAUGAACUCUGUAGAAAAAGCUAGAAAUCGCAUCAACUUUCUAGAAAAAAGAAAUUACUUUAGUUUCGUGGAAUAAUUAGUGGAAGUUCUCAACUGCUUGGAAGAAAUUCAUAAUUCCAGGCAAUUUAGGAAUUAGUUUUUUGACUGCUUAGAAGUUAAAGGAAUUGGCUUUAACUAAAUAAUAAAUACGUUCAAGUGCUAACAUAAAAAAAUAUCUAGAAAUUACAUCAACCUAAGGACAAUAAACGGGUAAUCAAAUAAGCUGCACUAAUUGUCAAGUCCGACAAGUCCGAAAAAAUUUAUACGUAUUUUAAAGACAGACACAUUUGAGUAUAAAGUCACAUUUAAGUAUAGGGUAUUUUUCGGAAUUGUAGUCACAUUUGAAAGUUUUUUGUCAUGGUUUUGAAGUUUUUUUUACUAUUUACUAGUAACACUAACGCAAUAAAUAAGCCUAAAAUUUCAUUUAAAACUUUAUAACUUUAAUCCUUAUAAUUCCGAUGGAGACAAUACAUUUCAAGAGUUAUUCACGAAAUUAUGGAAUACUGAUGUUUACUGCAUCCUUGAGUGAUACUUUCUGUUUUUUGCAUCCAAUUAUUAAGUUCAUUAUUAAAAUACUUAUAUUUCAUAUUAUCCUGUAGAGUUUUAGGCACUACGUUUAACAUUUCCGGUGCGAUAUAUUUAAAAUGUCCUUUUACCAAUAGCUGUUUUGUUUUUCGGAAUUUUAGCAUGCUUAUUUUCUUUCUUUCUUUUGGUGGUGUAGGUAUGUGCUAGAGGACUUAUUUUAAAUUUAUUCUUUUUUACGUUUAUUAAAACAGCUAAUUAAUAUAACAGUCGUAUGUCCAUUAUAUUUGCUUCCUCGUGAAGUAACUGAGUUGAAAAUAACGGUUUUUCUUUUUCAAAAAAAACUUUAAUUAUCCAUUAUUGUAUAGUAUUUAGUUGUUUUAAGUGAUAGUACCUUGCGCCAUUCUAAUCUGCAAGGCCAUAACUUAAUUAAGACUGCACUAGAGAAUAGUACAAUGUUUUAAGUUGUUUAAUACUUAAGUACUGCUUUAGUUACUCCAAUCUCUAGAAUAAAUGUAAAAUUACUUCCAGGCCGUCGAAAAAUGAAUUCCCUGGUAAGAGCUAGAAAUGACUUCAAGUACAGGACUUUGACUUGAGGGAAACAGAAAUUCUUACUAGUUGCUUAGAAAUGAAGGAAAAAUAAGCUCAAAAACGUGAGAAAUUUCAGGUACAAAAGUGGAUUUUUUUAUUUGUCUGGAAGUUAAAGGCAACAGGCUCAAAUACGUGGAAGAAAUAAGAAAGCCGCGACAAUUUAUGAAUUACCGUUUUUUUUUUUACCUAGAGGUUAAAGGAAUUGGCACUAACUGCCUGGAAUAAAUCUAAAAUUACUUACAGUCAGUUCAAAAAUAACUUGUCUUAAAAGACUUUAACCUCUGGAAAAAAAUAAGGAAAUAACUUCAGCUUCAUGGAAGAAUUGAGGGAUGAUCUCAAUUAUCUGGAAAUGAAAGGAAAUAUCAUCAAUUAUUUGGAAGAAAAGUUUUUAGUUGCCUAAAGGUUUACAUCAACUUAGUUAAGUUUAAUGGUUAGGAGAAUACAUGCAAUGCAAUGCGUUCGUUCUCAAUUUCUUCAGUUGAUGUAUUUAACUGAACGUCAGUACGCUCGUGUUCUACUUCGAACUUCAAUACUUUCGAAUUUUCAAUUAAAUUCCAUAAAGUAUUUAUUGUGUUAAUUUUAGAUAAAUUGCUAUUAAAACAUAAAAAUAUUGAUAUAAACUCCUGGACAAAAUUAUCGCACCACUUGAUUUUUAGAGAUUAUUUUUUAAUAAAGAUAAAAAAAUAAGCAUUGUUAACUAUGCAUUAUUAAUUAACAAAAACAAUUAUAUUCUAUUUAACAAAACGAGAUUUAAGUAACUAAAUUCAAUACAAGGAAAAGCAUCGAUUUUCACUAACUUCAAUUUUGAUACAAAAAUAAAACAAUAGACCCAUAAUGAAUUCUUAAUAACGUGUAUUGCAACCUCUAGCUGCAAUGACCGCUUGAAGUCUUCGCAGCAUUCCUCGUAUCAAAUUAUGAAAACUUUCCUGCAGAUGUAUUCUCACUCCUCACGAGCAGCAUGUUCCAUGAUAAAGCAUAAACAUAGUUUUUGUCCAGUUCUGCUUUUUAUACGAGAAAAGAUAUUAUAACUGUUUUAACUGAUAUUUAUUUUUAUUUAAAUUUUCUUGACAGAAUAAUUAGUGGUGCGAUAAUUGUGUCCAGGAGUUUAUUUGAGUUACAUGUUAGAAAAGAAAGUAGAAAGUUUAUGAAAGGGUUUAGUUAUCCCAGUUGUUAGAUUGUAUUUAGACAAAACUUGCCCUUUUGUAUUUUAAAAAUUCAGCCUUGACUCUCCUACGAAAGAAUUUAGAUAAAAUUGUAAACAGUUCAAGUCAAAUGUAAUAGUUUUAAGUAAUUAUAGUAAAAACUACAGCAUUAUUAUCGAUUAGUCUAAUGGUAUAUAAUGGUGUUCCUGUCAGUUUCUUUUAAAUACCUUAAAAGUAUAAUUGUUUUUUAGGUUUUACCACAAAAAAGAAAUGCGUUUACUUUACGGAUUUAGCAAGGAAUUCAAAAACAGAUUUUUUUUUGAAUACACCCACAUAUAUAAGUAGUACGCAUAAUUCACGUAUUAAAACACCAGUUUUCUUUUAAAAAAAUAUUGAACCGGUCGUCAAAUUACUCGCCACAUAUGGUGAAAUUGCUUAGAAGUAAACCCACUGAAGCAACUUAGACAAAGAUAAAAUUACAAUGAAAACAAUAGAUAUAGAACGUAUGGAUAUCAUUUUAUAUGAUUUUAUAUGGAUAUCAAUUCAGGGAAAAAUUGCCAGUUUAGAUGCUUACUCAGGAACGUCAAAAAAUUCAUUUGAAAAACUAUCCAGUAACGCAACUAUUGAACAUUUUGCUUUUUUUUCUUGAAAUUUUGUCAAAAAUCUAAACUGCACUUCAACCAAGACAAAACAUUUUAAAUGGAUGUUCUUUAACAUAUGGCAGCUGCACAUUAAAAUUAAACUCGGCGAAUCAAAGUGAUAUGAGGCUUAAAUAAGCGGUAAAAAGCCAGCUUGAGUCCUAAUGUUUUUUUUAAAACUUGAGACUUGGGUCCGCACCGCUUAAACUAAAGUGGUUUUUCAUUUUGGAAAAACCAUUUAUAAGAGUCAAAAUAUUAGGAAAAAAACACACCUGUAAAUAAGCUAAAUUUGUUAAUGUUAUAUAUAUAAGUAAAUGUUUUAGAGAGAUUCCUUUAUCGGGGUUUUUUUUCUUCUUCUUUGUGAACAUAUUACACGAGGGUAUUUUAAAAAUAUCCCCCCUUUUUUAGGUUUUUAAGUUACGAAAGCAAUAACUUUAACACACCGUGUGUGAAAAAAACAUAUAAUUUAGGUUUUUGUAAAAAAAAAAAAUUGGAAAAAAUUAUUGUUAACGUAAUUUAUAAGGUACCCUCGCAAGUGAUUUUUUUUUCUACGUUGUAUAGUAUUAAGGGUUAUUUGAUUUUAUAAAUUCAUAUUUGUGCACUUAAGAAGAUAUAUCUGUACUAAUAUUAUUGUAUAUUUAUAUAUAAAUAUAUAAUUUAGGUUAUUAAUAUCUCAUGGA